UCCCGAAGCCCGAUAGUCCCAGACCGAACCUCUGAAGCAAACAUGAAAGUAGAAGUGGCGACAGUGACUCAAGAGUUCGACUCGCAAGUGCCCGUGACCAGACGCAGAUCCUCCCUCAAGAUCCAGAGUCUUUCGGGGGUACCGGAGAACCGUGCCAGCAAUGGAUCCAGUCUGGAAGUACCGCUGCCCAAGUGCCACUGCGUAAAAACCGAAGACCCCUGCCCCUUCCACGACUCUUUAGACAAAACGGUACCUAGGGAAACCUACAUUCCGGAUCUGGCCAAUGCUUACAAGACCAUACUGGGGCACCUGGGGGAGAACCCGAACAGAGAAGGGCUCCUGAAGACCCCCGAGCGUGCCGCCAAGGCCAUGCUCUACUUCACCAAAGGCUACGACGAGAGUUUGGAAGACAUCUUGAACGACGCCAUCUUCGACGAGAACCAUGACGAAAUGGUGGUGGUGAAGGACAUCGAGAUGUUCUCCAUGUGCGAGCACCACUUGGUACCGUUUCACGGGAAGGUUUCCAUUGGGUAUUUGCCUUCUGGGAAGGUGCUGGGGCUGAGCAAGUUAGCCAGGAUCGUCGAGGUGUUCUCCAGGAGGCUGCAGGUGCAGGAGAGGCUCACCAAGCAGAUCGCCGUAGCUGUUUUGAAGGCCGUACAGCCCAGGGGGGUGGCUGUAGUGGUCGAGGGAUCGCACAUGUGCAUGGUGAUGAGAGGAGUGCAGAAGAUCAACAGCAAAACGGUCACCAGCACGAUGCUAGGGGAGUUCAGGGACAACCAGAAGACCAGGGAGGAGUUUUUCAAGCUCACUCUCGGAAAUUAGCUUUAGUUUUGAUGUGAUAUAUAAUUUAUUUUAGUAAUUAGUGUAAUAUUACAUUAAUUAUUUCGAAUUAAGACUCUAAUCUAAGCUAAGUUAUUGCCAAUAAAUGUAAGCCCUCGCUUAUUCUAUUAGCUUCUAAGCUUGUAAAUAAUUAAAAUAGUAUUAAAAUUUA